AAAGAUUGAUUUAAUUAUUACUUUUGAUUUUUAAACUACCAUUAUUAAACAAUAAAUAUUGUUAAAAGAAUAAUUUUUACCCUUUAAUAUUAAAUUAAAAGAAAUAAUACAUAAUAUAAACAAAAUGGAAAGUAUUUUCAACAAAGAUCACGACAAUGAAUCUUCAAGCUUCAAAGAUUAUAGCCAAGAAGAUAUGUUUUUAGCUCCAGAACCAAAACGUUCAAAUAACCAUCAGUUAUCAGACUCGUUUAGUAAGAAAAAGAAAGACAAAAGUAAAAAACAAAUUGAAUCAGAAGAGAGAGAGAAAAUGCGUGUACUUGUAUCAAACUUCACAGAAGAACAAUUAGAUAGGUAUGAAAUGUAUAGACGAUCAGUAUUUCCUAAAGCUGCUAUUAAAAGGAUUGUACAAACUAUAACAGGAAAUUCAGUGUCUCAAAAUGUUGUAAUUGCUAUGUCUGGAAUUGCCAAAGUAUUUAUUGGUGAAAUAGUUGAAGAAGCCCUUGAUAUAAUGGAGGCUCAAGAGGACUCUGGACCAUUGCAUCCUAAACACUUGAGAGAAGCUGUUAGAAGGCUAAGAAAACGAGGAGCUAUUCCAUCAUCAAAAGGUAGAAAAACCCCAUUUUAUAUUUAAUUUAUACAUAUUAAAUAAUUAUUGAAAUCAUGUUUUUAAUCAAUUAUUUGUUUUUAUUUAAUUGUACUAUUUAUUAUAUUUGACUAAAUUGCAAAAGUGAUGACUUAUAAGAACUAUAAAAAAUAAAAUUUAUUCUUACUGCAAA